AUUAUAAAAGUAGGUACAUCAUCAAAAAUUGUUAAAACUGUCGUACCAUGUUGAAAAUAUUACUUUUUGUUGUUCUCAGUUUUUUUAUACAAAUAUUUUGUGAAGAUAUUGAUGUAACUUUGCCAAAUGGUAAAAUCCGUGGAUUAAAAGUAACGCCUGUGGUUACUAAUCUUACUUAUUACUCAUUUUUGGGAAUUCCAUUUGCUGCUCCACCUAUUGGAAACCUUCGAUUUAAACCCCCUCAACCUGUUGAAAAUUGGGAAGGUACCCUAAUAGCCGAUAAUAACGAUGCUUUAUGUUAUCAAGUGGGUAAAAAAACAGAACAUGCUUCGGAAGACUGUUUGUACCUAAAUGUUUAUACUCCAGUUGUCCCCUCAACUUCCUCCAGAUUACCGGUUUUAGUCUUCAUAUAUGGGGGAACUUUCAGACGAGGCCGUUCUUUUCCAGGUUAUAAAUCUCCUGCCUUUCUAAUGAAGGAAAAUGUAGUGGUUGUUACAUUUAACUACAGGGUAGGACCGUUCGGAUUUUUAUCUACAGAAGAUGAAGUUAUUCCUGGAAAUAUGGGAUUAAAAGAUCAACAAUUCGCUCUAAAAUGGGUUCAACAAAAUAUUAAUCUUUUUGGUGGAGAUCCAAAGCAAGUAACUCUGAUGGGUCAAAGUGCUGGAUCAGCUUCUGUCACAUAUCAACUUUUAAGUCCGGGAUCAGCAGGUUUAUUUAGAGCAGCUAUCGGAAAUAGCGGUUCGGCAUUAUGCACAUGGGCUUUCCAAAGGAACUCUGCAGAUAUUGCUUAUGGAAUCGCAGCUGAAAUCGAUCCUACUUUUGAAAGAAAUAGAACGUCCGAAGAACUAUUGAAUUUCUUAUCGAACGUCCCUGCGUCUGCCAUUGAAGAUACCGCAGACAAAUAUAAUGCAUUCGCUCCAGUUAUAGAAGUUCCUCAUGUCGGGGCUCUUAUAUCUGAUCUAAUGUAUAGUAACGCAGAGACCGGCAGCUUCAAUAAAGUUCCAGUUUUGAUGGGUUUUAAUUCUGAAGAAGCUUUGAUGAUGGCAGAAAAAACGGGUUCAUGGAGGUCAUAUGUUCGACAAUAUGAUAAAGAUCUUCGUACAUUAGUUGAUGAUGAUAUGUAUAUCACUGAUAGCGACAAAAAAUUAUUGGUAGGAAAAGAGAUCAAGAAAAUCUAUUUGAAUGAUACCGAUUUGUUUGCUGAUAAUCUUGGAGAAUCUGUACAGUAUUUUGGUGACAACAGAUUCAUCAGGCCAAUUAUAAAGUUCGCAGAAUUGAUACGUCAUCAUGUUGAUUUAUACUUCUACCAAUUUUCUUACCAUGGUCCCUUGGGUGGUAAUAGUGUAGAAAUACCAGGAAUUGGCAAAGUCGCUCACGCAGAAGACCAAAACUAUUUUUGGGCAGUUCACGAUAACUACGAUUCAUUUCCCGACACAGAUAUUAAAACAUUGGAACGAUACGUCACGCUUUUAACCAAUUUUGUUAAAUAUCUGAACCCCACUCCAAUAGCUGACGAUUUAUUGCAAAAUAUCACAUGGCCAAAAGCAACUGAGAAUGAUUACUUAUAUUUGGAUAUUGAUACGAAUUUAAGUAUACAAACAAAUCCCAGGAACUUUUCUUAUAGUAAAUGGGUGGAUAUAUAUGAAGAAAACGCAGCUAAACCACAUUUGUCGGUGUUUUUCAUUUUUCACUAUAUAGAAAGAUUCAGUUCUUAUCGAAGAUAUGAAGCAGCUAUAUGGAAGAUAAUUACUUCUAAAGCAUGUAGAAAUUCAGUUGGAUGGAAAUUCUAUAAAAACUCUACCGUAUUUUGCGAUGAUGAUCUCCUGGUUACCUUACCAAACGGAAAACUUCGAGGAAUUUCCCUAACUGCUCCAAUUACCGGUAAUCUUACAUAUUACGCAUAUUUACGCAUUCCAUUUGCAGCACCACCAGUAGGUAAUUUACGAUUUCAGCCACCGCAACCACCUGCAAAUUGGGAAGGCAUUUUAGAAGCUAACAAUGUUUCCGUAUCCUGUUACCAAGUACAAGCAACAGACAAAUACGAAUCAGAAGAUUGUCUCUAUUUACAUGUUUAUUCGCCUGUUAAACCUACAGAUACAAGAAAAUUGCCAGUUGUUGUUGAAAUUUAUGGAGGAACGUUUCUAAAAGGUCAUGCUUCCUACAAUAAUAAAGCAGGUGCUUUCCUCAUGAGUUAUGGCGUGGUACUUGUAACCUUCAAUUACCGAGUUGGACCAUUUGGAUUUUUGUCUACUGGUGAUACGGUUAUUCCUGGAAACAUGGGUUUGAAAGAUCAACAGGCAGCUCUUAGAUGGAUCCAACAGAAUAUUGAAUACUUUGGUGGAGAUCCACAAAAGGUAACGAUUAUGGGUCAAAGUGCUGGAUCAGCUUCAGUUACUUAUCAACUACUCAGUCCCGGCUCUGCAGGACUUUUCAGAGCUGCGAUUGGUAACAGUGGUUCAGCUUUAUGCAAUUGGGCAAACAAAAUGAAUGCUGUGGAUACAGCUUAUGGAAUAGCUGCUGAAAUCGAUCCAAGCUUUGAUAGAUCAAGAUCGACUCAAGAAUUAGCAGAUUUUCUAUUAUCAGUUGAUGCAUCUGCAAUAGUCAGCACACAGUAUCAUUUUUAUGUCUUUCCUCCUGUGUUGGAAGUACCUCAUGAUGGUGCUUUUAUUACCGAAUCAAUGUACACUUUAGUAGAAACCGGAGCAUUCAACAAAGUUCCAGUUUUGAUGGGCUUCAAUUCAGAAGAAUAUAUAUCAAAGGGUAAAGAUAUGAAUCUGUUGGCCAAAUAUGCCCAGCAAUUUGAUAAUAAUCCUCGCCUAUUAGUAGAUGGAGAUAUGUCUAUAACUGAUGAUGCCGUUAAAUUGGAAGUGGGACAAAAAAUAAGACAAAUUUAUGCAGAAUCUUUUUUAUCGAACAAAUCAACCAUAUUGACAAAUAUGUUGAGCAUUGUAACUUUAUUAUUGAUUACUAUUGUGCAGAUAUUCUGUGACGAUGAUCUUGUAUUAACCCUACCGAACGGAAAAAUUCGAGGAAUUUCAGUUACUCCCCCGGUUACUGGCAACUUUACAUAUUAUGCAUAUUUGGGAAUUCCGUUUGCAGCACCACCAGUAGGUAAUCUAAGAUUUCAGCCACCACAACCACCUGCAAAUUGGGAUGGUAUUUUAGAAGCUAACAAUAACUCCGUGUCUUGCUAUCAAGUGGACAUGGAAGAUAACUAUCAAACAGAAGAUUGUCUUUAUUUGAGUGUCUACACACCAUUAAAACCUUCGGAUUCAAGGAAAUUACCAGUUGUGGUUUCUAUUUAUGGAGGAACAUUUAUUCACGGCCAUGCUUCUUAUGGUGGCAAAGUAGCUGCUUUUCUUAUAAGUCAUGAUUUGAUUCUUGUUUCAUUCAAUUACCGUGUUGGACCUUUUGGAUUUUUAUCUACUGGCGAUACAGUAAUUCCUGGAAAUAUGGGGUUGAAAGACCAACAAUUAGCUUUGAAAUGGGUGAAUCAAAAUAUUGAAUUCUUCGGUGGAGAUCCACAAAAGGUAACCAUCUUGGGUCAGAGUGCUGGAUCAGCGUCAGUUACCUACCAACUUCUCAGUCCAGGAUCCGCAGGACUUUUUAGGGCCGCAGUAGGAAUGAGCGGCUCUGUUUUGUGCGAUUGGGCGCAACAAAGAAAUGCUGUGGAGACAGCUUAUGGAAUAGCUGCUAAAAUUGAUCCUAGUUUCGAGAGAACCAGAUCAACACAAGAUUUAUUAGACUUCUUAUUGAAAGUUGAUGCAUUGUCGAUAGUCAAAACCAAUGAUACGUAUAAAGUAUUUUCACCGGUCAUAGAAGUACCUCAUGAAGGAGCUUUCAUUUCCGAUGUUAUGUACACUUCGGUCCAGAAUGGUUCAUUCACAAAAGUUCCAGUUUUAAUGGGUUUCAACUCAGAAGAAGGCUUAGGAAUGGCAAAAGAUAUGGAUUCUUGGAGGAAACAGGUUGAAAAAUACGAUGAAAAUCCGCGUUUGUUAGUCGAUGACGAUAUGUAUAUUACUGAUGAUGAUGUGAAAUUAGAAGUAGGUAAGAAAAUAAGAAGUAUAUAUAUGGGAGAUCAGCCAUUUGGUGAUAACGUCGGAAAAGCUGUACAGUAUUAUAGUGACAACAGGUUCAUUAGACCAAUCUUGAAAUUUGCCGAGUUAAUCUCAGAGCACGUUGAUUUAUACUUUUAUGAAUUCUCCUAUCAUGGCGAAUUAGGACAAAACAAUGUUUCCAUACCCGGUAUUGGCAGAGUAAAACAUGCUGAAGAUCAGUGGUAUUUUUGGCCCUAUUAUGAUAGCUAUGAUCAAUUUUCAAAAUCAGAUGUCAAAACAGUUCAAAGAUAUGUGAAAUUAGUAGCUAACUUCGUAAAAUUUCUGAAUCCCACACCUGAAAAAGAAGAGUUAUUCGAUAAUAUCACGUGGCCAAUGGCCACAAGCGACCAUCUCACCUAUUUGGACAUCGACGAUAAUUUGAGCUUAUGUCAAAAUCCACGAAACUUUUCAUACCGACCAUGGGUAGAUAUUUUCGAGGAAUAUGUUCCAAAGCCAUUUAUAUCUUUUUAAAUGCUGAAUAAAUGAAA